CUGGCGACACGCGACUUGCCUUACAACCUUAUGGCAUCAUACUGCUUGAGACUAAAUAUCCAUUAAUUGUGUCGCUUGUAUGCUGACCCGCGCCUCACGGGUGAUUAGGCGCUUUCCUAGAAGAACGCGUCUGUUCUCAAUUCUCGAGGAUAACGAGCAACGGAUAGGAUGGGGGAGUUCGACUCCAGUCACUACCAAAAACUACCCAGCGUUCUUGAAAUCUAGAAACGAUGUACCAGACAAUCUAGGCUUACAGGAGGGCAAAGAGGAGGGCACUGACGAGCGCUGGCCAGGAUGGCAGCCUGUAAUUGGGAUCGAGGUCCAUGCACAAAUACGAGCACGACGAAAGUUAUUUUCGGACACUGUAACGGAUGUUGACGCUCCUCCCAACUCUCAUGUCUCUUUGUUUGACGCCGCCUUUCCUGGAACGCUGCCAAUCUUGAACAAGGCUUGCGUAGACUUAGGUGUCCGGACGGCAGUGGCUCUAGGUUCUGACAUCCACGAGCGAUCAUCGUUUGAUCGAAAACACUAUUUUUAUGCCGACCUUCCGUCUGGCUACCAAAUCACGCAACACUACUCACCACUCGCUACUGGAGGGAAGCUCAGCGUCACACAUACAGAUAAGAAGAAAUGCACGAAGACGAAGGACAUACGAAUAAACCAGAUCCAACUGGAGCAGGACACUGCGAAGUCUACAACUCAACCCGGCGUCACGCUCAUAGAUCUGAACCGGGCCGGUGCCCCUUUGAUGGAAAUCGUGUCUGAGCCCGAUAUGAGGAGCCCAGAACAGGCUGGGGCUUAUGUUACUGAGCUGCGCGCUCUCCUUCGUGCUAUCGGUGCGAGUAACGGCAAUAUGGAAGAGGGGUCACUUCGGUGCGACGUUAACGUCUCGGUACACAAACCAGGGGAACCGUUUGGCACGCGUUGCGAGAUUAAAAACCUCAAUACGAUCAAGGGCUUACAGAUUGCGAUCAAUUCAGAAGUACGGCGGCAAAUUGUGCUCUUGUCUUCCGGGCAGACAGUGGCUCAAGAAACGCGGGGAUUCGAUGAGGACCGCGCCGAGACAUUCACGCUGCGCAGCAAGGAGGAUGCACCAGACUACCGCUACAUGCCAGAUCCUAAUCUUCCACCUCUGAUUUUGACCGAGGAUUAUAUCAGAACCAUCGAAUAUACUACGCCACCCACACCGCAGAAACUUCGGCAUAUUCUGUUGAGCAUAUACGAAAUCCCUGAACGAGACGCAAAAGUGUUGAUGAACUUGAGGGCUGGAUCGGACGUGCCUUUUGAUGGAGAACUGAAAGAAAACAAUGCACUGUCAUAUUUCCUAGAUGUUACAAUGGAUCGUGAUCCAAAAGUUGUCGCGAAUUGGAUGGUCAACGAGCUCCUAGGAAGUCUCGCCUAUCGUAAGGAAACCUUCACUACAGAAAGGCUCCCAGCGGACCAGUUGGGUGAAAUUAUUGACAUGGUGGACGUGGGAGGUAUUACUGCCACGUCCGGCAAGGCGCUUCUCCGACAUAUUCUUGCCGAACCGACGCGCGAACCAUUGACGGAUGUUGUUGAUCGUCUAGGCUUGCGCUCUACCGGCACUGAUGGUUUGCAACAUAUCUGCCAGGCUGCCGUUGACAAGCUGCCUUUGGACGCCGACUCAGCGAGGAAAGGCAACACUCGAGUAAUCAAGCGACUGGUUGGGGAGGUGAUGAGACAGUCGAAGGGUCGCGUGGAUGCUCUAGCUGCGGCAGUGAUGCUUAGACAAAUGUUGGGCUUGCCCCCCGAAGACAAGUAGGCAUGUUAUCCAAUCACAUCUUCUCCAAUGAUUACAUUUUUUGAAAUCUAUGUAGUAUAUGAUACC